AUGUGUGAAACUACUCCAGAAGAAAUUUUACAAGGUAACUCUCACGGGCUAGUAGAUUAUGAGCCGAAACUUGGACUUGAGUUUGAUAGUGAUGAGAAUGCACUUAAUUUUUACAAUGAGUAUGCAAGAAGGGUUGGUUUUAGUGUUCGCAGAGAGUACGUCAAUACAAAUAAGAAAUUAGGUUAUGUGACGUCACGGAAGAUUACAUGUUACAAGGAGGGUUUUCGUAGGAAUGAUAAACAAAAAGAACAAGUUAAAAAAUCCCGAAGAGAAACUCGAACAGGGUGUCAAGCUCAUAUUAUUGUUACCCGUCAGUCAAUGGGAAAGUACCGUAUUACUAAAGUUGAGUUGGAACAUAAUCAUUCUCUUGUUCCACCGACAAUGGCUCAUGAAAUAGAUUUAGCAGCAUCCUCUGGAUUAUUUUCUAAAGCGACAUUUGAUUUUAUGAGUCUUCAAGCUAGCGGCAGAGUAAAUUUGGGUUACACCAAGUUAGAUCAGAAGAACUACCUCCGAACAAAACGACAAAAAGCUAUAAGACAAGGGGAAGCAGGAGUGCUAGUAGAAUACUUUGAGAAGAAGAGAAUUGACGACCCAUCUUUCUUUUUCUGCGAUUCAAAAAUGAUAAUAGACUAUGAGACUUUUGGAGAUAUGCUAUCAUUUGAUACCACUUACCAGACACCCUUGGUUUUUGUUGGAUUGAACAAUCAUAGGAAAAUGGUUGUUUUCGGAGUUGCUUUAAUGUAUGAUGAGACUUCAGAGUCAUUUCAGUGGUUGUGCGUCUGGCACAUGGAGCAAAAUGCAACUAAACAUCUCAAUCAAAUUUAUAAAAGGUACGCUUCCUUUCGUGGUGAUUUUACACUAUGCAUUUAUGUGGAUGAGGACGAAUUUAUAAAUGCUUGGAAUAGCAUGCUUGGUGAAUAUAACCUUCAUGAAAAUGAAUGGUUGCAAGGAAUAUAUGCAUUAAGAGAAAAAUUAUUUGCGGCAUACGGAAAGAAUUUUUUUUCAGGUGGUAUGAAUAGCACACAAUUGAGUGAAAGUUUGAAUGGUGAUUUGAAGGAUUACUUGCAGUCUGAUUACAAUAUCGUGCAAUUUUUUAAGCAUUACGAUCGAGCAAUUAAGGAUAAGAGAUAUAAUGAGUUGCAAGAUACUUGUGAUGCAUCACAACGAUUUCCGGUAUUAAAAGCACAAGUCUCUAUUUUGGCUCAUGCUAGAGAGGUAUAUACAUCACAUAUUUUCACAUAUUUUCAAGAUGAAUAUAUGAAAUCUUUGUCAAUGAAAGUGAAUAGAUGUGAGGAGAACGAUUUAUCCAUCAUGUGGACAAUAGAUGCAAAAGCCGAAGAUAUUAAAGAAGUUGAUGGGCAAGACAUAGAGAUCAAGGAUCCGAAGUUGAUCACUAUGAAUCGUUAUAGAGUUCUUUGUCCUAUAUUUGUUAGAUUGGCGGCAAAAGCUUCUGAAACAGAUGAUGGCUAUAAGGAAGCAAUAGCGUGUGCAAAUGAGCUAAGUUCAAAAUUGAAAGAAAUCAUGAAGGUGACAGCUCCAUCUCUUUGUACUAGCAGUUCAGGAAAAGAUUUAUCAGAAGCAAAUAAUAGCAAAGAUAUCCUCACACAAGCCAAAGGCUUAAAAAAGAAAGAUGGGACGCGACGUAAAAAGAGGGACAAAGGCUGCCUUGAGGCAAAUGCAAAUAGCAAGAAAGCUCUAGGAAACAAGUCAAGUCGCGUUAACCAAAUUGGAUUGAGAGCCGAUGAUAGAACUCUAUCUGAUAAUGCAAAUAUUUUCAAUCAGGAACCUCUUUGCUUUAAUGUUGAUGCACAUUCACAAAGGUCUUAUUCAGUUCCUCCUGAUCAGGCAAACCUUUUUGAGAGUCAAGGAUCGCAAAAGUUUCAAGAUAAUAAUACAUUAUGA